AUGCAUCACUGGGCGAGAUUUCCGGCUUGGAGGCCGUUAGCCAAGCAGGCGAAAAGACCGGAUUUCACAUACCGCAACUUCGCCCAACGCGAGCAUAUCUUCAUGCGAUGGAAGGAGUACUUCCUUGUGCCCGAUCACCGUGUAAGGACAAUCUCGGGUGCAAGCUUCGAAGGUUUUUACUACAUCUGCUUCAACCAGGUGGAAGGUACCGUGACUGGAAUAUACUUCCAUGCAAAGAGCGAGAAGUACCAGCAGCUGGAGCUCAAACACGUUCCGGAUCACGGCUGCACCCCUGCUAUUGAAUUUCGUUGA